AUGUCACAAGACGACCGUACAUUAUAUUUUGCUUCACUAUGUGAACAACUCUAUAUUCCAAAGUCGCCUCAAGAACGCGAGAAUAUUCAAAAGAUAUUAGAGUAUUCCUUCCCUACAUUUGCAGAUGAGGCUGGCAGUGGAAUUGCGAUUGGAAUGCCACCAGUUUUGGAUGGCAGGCAGUCAUUUGUCAUUACAUCUCCCACAGACACUGCAUCUGCCCUGAGAGUCCUUUUGGAGAACUCACCUAGUCCCUAUGUACAGACCUUUAGUUUGUCCCGGCUCAAGCAACUCAUCAGUGCCCAGUUUUCUAUUUUUGAUGGAGAAACAAAACUUCAACUCCGUACGUUUUUAUUGGAGUAUGCCUUUAUGCACCCAGAUCUUCAACCAUUUGUAAUCACUCAGCUGGCAAGUGUACUUGCUCUGCUGACCCGUCUGGGUUGGCAAGAUGUAGAGGAGUACAGAAAUGUCCAGCAAGACAUUAACCAGUUUUAUCAAGCUUCUGUGGAUCAUCGUAUCGUUGGCAUGCAAAUCUUGGCAAUUAUAAUUCAGGACAUCAAUGCACCUAGUCCUCCUCGUAAUUCGGCAAAGUUCAGAAAGGCUGCUGGUGGAUUCAGAGAUACACAGCUAUUCAGUAUAUUUGAAUCAGCGUUCGAGACUCUUGAAGGUCUCUUGCAGCGCACAAUACCAUUUGAAAAAGCUGGACAGGAGGAGCGUAUGAGAGAUGCUACAUUAAAUGUAUUGGUUCGGUGUCUCUCCUAUGACUUUGCUGGCACAAGUCUGGAUGAAGCAGGAGAAGACAUUGGUACUGUUCAAAUUCCCGCAACUUGGCGUCCAAUUUAUGAGCGUGACAACUUUUUGCCUAUAUUUUUCACUGCCUACCGUGAAUUCUCGCCUCCUCAUUCUUCAAAGGUGAUGGAAUGUCUUGUCCAGAUUGCCUCAACCCGCAAGGCACUGUUCAGUGUCGAGGCCGAACGUGCAAAGUUUAUUUCGGGCAUGAUGCAAGGAAUCCGGGACAUCAUCGUGACUUCCCAAGGCAUGAACAACACUGACAACUACAAUGAGUUUUGCCGGUUCUUGCAUCGCUUCAGAGCAUCGGCUCCUUUAAAUGAACUGACUGAGAAACAUGAUUAUAUUGAGCUGAUUGAACUCAUUGCUGAUUUUACACUCAAAGCAUUUCAAUCCUGGAAAUGGGCACCAGAUACUGCUUCCUAUUUACUUGGAUUCUGGUCCCGUAAUGUCAACAGCAUGUCAUAUUAUCAGAAAUUAGGAGAGGCUACAAUCCAAAAGUUGGAAAAUAUCACAGUCGAGUUGACCAGAACAUAUGUAUCAGCUCAAGUUGAAUCCGUAGCAACUCGAAUUGAAGAAGGAUUGGAUGAUCCUUUGGAAAACGAAGAUGCUUUAGUAGAGACUCUUGGGAUGCUCGGACAAAUUGCACGAUGUAAAUACGAAGAAUCAAGUGCUGCCCUAGUUGCUGUUUUUGAUCCAAUUGCUCUUCAAUACCAGGAGCUGAUUUCUCAAGCGUCCUCGGGUAUGAGUGGCGAAGAAUUCAAGGAGGCUUUGGAAGUGAUUGAAACAAAAUUUGCAUGGUUGGUCUAUGUGAUUUCUGCCUUUGUUGGUGGAAGACCUGCUUAUUUGAGCUCUGAUGAUUUGGAUGCCAUUGACGGUGAAUUGACUGUCAAGGUUCUUCAGUUGAUGGAAGUUAAUCAGAUACUGCAAAACCAACAUGGUGCGGCCGUGUUGAACCAGAAACUUGAUACCGCAUUUGUGUACUUUUUCCAACAAUUCCGUAAAUCGUACAUUGGAGAAUCCAAUGGAAAGUCUGUCUAUAAAAAGAUGACAGAGAUGUUUGGUGUAAGCGAUCAGGUGACUAUGCUGAAUGUGAUUAUGCAAAAGAUUAUCAGCAACCUGCAAUUCUGGGGUGACAAUGAGCUGGUUAUCCGACGCACUCUUGAACUGUUCAACGAUCUGGCUGGUGGAUAUAGUGCAUUGAAGAAUCUGCGUAAACUCGACACAACCCAACUGAUCUUACAGAACCACAUGUCAAGCGAGUUUGCAUUCUUUGAGAGCGAGAAACAUCGUCAGAACCGGAUGCUGUACUACCAGGUUCUGUGCAAGAUAUUGUUUGCCGAAGAUAAUUGCGAGCGAGAGUUUAUUGAGUUUAUGAAACCGUUUGACUUGCGGUUCAAGAGUCUUGCCAGUCUUGACAGUGUGGAAGCCUUUCGACAGGAACAUGUGCGGAGAGCGCUGCAGGAUCUAUUCCGUGACCUGAGGGGAUUCAUUACACCAAUCCAGAGCCGACGAAACUUUACGUUGUUUUUUGAAUGGUUCUAUCCAGACUAUAUGCCUAUCCUUUUGCGCGGACUGGAGGCAUGGUCGCCCACACCAGUGGCUAAUACUCUCUUGAAAUUCUUUGCCGAAUUUGUACACAACAAGAGUCAACGGCUGAAUUUCGAGAUUUCUUCUCCUAAUGGAAUUCUUAUCUUUCGUGACACCAGCCAGAUUCUAACCACGUAUGGAUCCCGUGUACUGGAGCAACAGAUUACAGACGAAAGCCGGAAAUACCCAUUCAAAUAUAAAGGAAUUUCGAUUUGCUUCACUAUCCUAUCUCGAUGCAUGGGGGGACGAUACAUAAACUUUGGCGUAUUCUGGCUCUACCAGGACAAGGCUAUUGACGAAGCAUUUAGUAUGAUUUUCCAGUUGAUGCUGAGCAUUCCACUGCAAGAUCUCAUGUAUUUUAUGAUAGUUUUAGAAUAUAGAGGGAGGAGACACAAGGGACAGGGGGUGGGGGACAAGGAGAUGUGCUGCUGUGUGCUGCUGUGUGCUGCUGGAUUCCCAAAACUUACAAAGGCAUUCUUCAGUAUGCUGGAUGACUUUACCCACGAGCAAUUCAUGGCCUUACCUAGUCUGUCCCCCGAUACAUUCUUGUACAUGAUGCGUGCGUGUGAGCAAGGGGUAGAAUACACCGAAACAUGGCUGUCAACAAUGUCACCAGCUUUGUGGCAAAGGAGACUGAGAAGGCAGAACUUCUUCAACGGACAUCCCUAUAAUAAUAACGAUAGUAGUAGUAAUAGUAACAGUCUCCUCAGUACAUCCCCUGAUCUGAUGGUUGAUCGCAGACGUUCUUCGGUUGCAUUUCCUUCCACACACUGGCUGAUGGGAUACUUGGUCCAGUUCCCACAAGUUCUGCCCUCGUUGUUUGCAACUCUGUUUGGGCUGAUUUUAUUUGAUGACAAUACAGAGCAGUGGUCUCUUUCACGGCCACUAUAUUCCAUUAUGCUACUCCAAAAAGAGUAUGCUAUAAAAUACACAAGUGAAGUCAUCAAUCGCCAAUUACCCGAGCGUCGUGAGUUUGUUGCAAAGGCCCUGAACAAUCUAAUGGAUGGAAUUAAUUGGAGUUUGUGUGUCAAGGACCGCGAACGAUUCUCUCAAAAUGUAUCGGCUUUCAAGAGAGAACUCAGUAUGAACAACGUGGUUUUGGUACCUCUUUCGCCGCCAAACUACAAUUAAAAAAAAAAUACAUAAAAUACAAAGAACAUAUCAUAUGUAUGUAUAUGCACAACCAAAAAAUAAAUAAAAUAAAAAAUCAACAGUCACACAGCCAAACAGUCAAACAAACAUGAUAUAUAUAGAUAUAGCAACAACAACAAACAUGUGUACUUGUGCUUGUGUUUAUGUUUGUGCUUGUGCUUGUGCUUGUGCUUGUGCUUGUGCUUGUGUUUAUGUUUGUGCCUCU